AUGGCUCAACUUUUCUCACUGAAAAGCAUGAGCUGUAUCAAGAAAUGUGGAUAUUUGAUGCAUGCAAGAGCAAUAAGUACCAAUGGACAGAAAUACAGCAGCCAACAUUCGGACUAUCUGCACAGGAGUAUUGUGCCGACAAUGCAUUACCAGAAGAGUCUGCCCAGGUUGCCAAUACCCAAACUAGAGGACACUAUUAGAAGAUAUUUAGCUGCUCAGAGACCUCUUCUGGAUGACGACCAGUUCAGAAACACAGAGAAAAUUGCAGAAGAUUUCAAGAAUGGAGUGGGAAAGCAACUGCACAAAGAACUGGUCGCUCAGGACAAAAAUAAUAAACACACGAGCUACACGGCAGCACUUACUUUUGACGAAUACCUCUGUGAACGGGACUCUGUCGUCAUCAACUCUAACCCCUUCGUGUGCUUCAGUCCCGACCCCAAACCAGAAUACAACGACCAGCUCAUCCGUGCCACCAACAUUGUGUGUUCCAUCGUUCGUUAUGUGAAAACACUGAGAGCAGGAGUACUAGAACCUGAAGUCUUCCACAUGAACCCUGCUAAAAGUGACACAGACCAAUUCAAAAAGUUCAUCCGUUGGGUUCCCUCCUCGCUGUCCUGCUAUGCAGCCUACCUGGUCAACGCAUAUCCUUUGGACAUGUCCCAGUAUUUACAGCUUUUCAAUUCUACCAGAUUGCCAAAACAAGGAAGAGACGAGCUGUUUAUGGAUGAGAAGGGAAGGCAUCUUUUAGUGAUGCGAAAAGGCAAUUUGUACACGUUUGAUAUUGUCGAUCGCGGUGGAAAUUUGGUGAAUCCGGCAGAGAUUCACUCUCAUUUGAAGUACAUUUUGUCAGAUGAAACCCCAGCAGCUUCCAGUCCGAUUGGUGUCUUAACAAGUGAGAAUAGAGACGUGUGGGCAGGUUUAAGGGAGAAGCUAAUCGCCAGUGGCAACGGAGGACUUUUACAGACCGUGGACAGUGCAUUGUUUUGCCUCUGUCUUGAUGACCAAGUUAUGAAGGACAAUAUUCACAUGUGUCACACCAUGCUUCAUGGAGAUGGGUGCAAUUGCUGGUUUGACAAGUCCUUCAAUAUCAUCAUAACCAAAGACGGAAAUGCAGGGAUCAAUUUUGAGCAUUCAGGAAGAGAUGGAGAGACAAUAGUCACACUCAUGACUAAAAUCUUCAAAGAUACAAUGGAAAAACCCAUUGUGAACCCUGGCUCUGCUCCUGCCGCUGUAGACUCGGCCUCCACUGUCCAAAGACUGCAGUUCAACUUAGAUGGUGAAUUGAAAAGCGAUAUUCAAAAAGCCAAGGAGAAUUUUGAUGCAGCAGUAUCGAAAUUGACCCUAAGUGAUUUGAUGUUUAAAAAGGGAGGUAAAGAGCAGUUGAAAAAGAGCAAGUUGAGUUCAGAUUCUAUCGCUCAAUUGGCAUUCCAUAUGGGGUUUUUGAGGCAGUAUGGACAAACCGUAGUCAGCCUGGAGCCUUGUAGAACAUCAGUCUUUAAACAUGGGCGUCUAGAGAUGAUGAAAACGGGCAGCAUUCACACCAAGCACUGCGCUCACGCUUUUGUCCAUGAACCAGGGAAGCACAGUGUAGCGGAGCUGAGGGCCAUGCUGAACGAGUGCUCCAAAUACCACAAGCAGCUCAUCAAAGAAGCAGCUAUGGGCCAAGGUUUUUACUACCAUCUCACUGCCAUGCUGUACUUGGCCAAGUCAAAGGGGCAGCCUCUGCACAGCCUGUACACAGACCCAGCCUACAUCUCCUUCAACCACAACACCCUUUGGACCAGCCAUCUCAACAGUCCUGUUAUAAGCUCUGGGGGGUUUGCUCCCGAUGUCCCGGAUGGAUUUGGGGUGUACUACAGGUUUGGUGAUGACUGGAUCCAAUUUAACACAUCCUCAUACUCAACUCGAAAUGUGCAUGAGUUUCAGCAAUGUGUCUACAAGUCAUUCGAGGACAUUUUUACAGUUCUGGAAGGAAAGCCACUGAGUUAACUACUCCACAAGAGUUAGAAUACUGUAUAAAGUGGUCAUUAAAAUGAAACUAUUUCAAGUGAAUGGAAACUGAACAUGCAGAUGCACAUUUUCACUUCAGAAGAUUGUUUCUGUUC